UAAAGGAGACUUGAAUUUUAAAGAUGGAAUCCUUAGGUGACAAAAUUUUGUGGGAAGACAAAGAAGUGAAAUUUGAUACAGCAAAUAUACAAAACAACCUACGAAAAGGUGAAGUGGUGCUAAGUACAAUACACCACAUUGAAGAUACUAAAGGCAAUCCUGGUGAUACAGGACGGCUAUUAGCAACUAAUUUAAGAAUUAUUUGGCAUUCAUUGGUGCAUAAGAAAUUUAAUUUGUCUAUUGGAUAUGGACGUAUAUCUACUCUAAAUACACGUUCUGUUGUGAAUAAAAUACGUGGUCAUACCAUAGCACUAUAUAUACUAGCUGUUAGUGGAAAUACACGUUUUGAAUUUUUAUUUGCCGAUGUAUCCGGAGAAACUGCACGAAAACAUGAACCCAUAUUUGCAAAUGUUUUCGAAAUACAUCAAUUAUACCAACGGACUUAUUUAUAUCGGGAUUUAAAAUUACGUGGUGCUAUUGUACAAGGAGGUCAGCUUAUAAUAUUACCACAAGAACAGGUCUUUAGUAAUGUGCAUGGUGUUUGGAAUCUAUCAAGUGAUCAGGGUAAUUUGGGUUGUUUUGUGGUUACAAAUAUUCGUCUAGUAUGGUUUGCGGAUGCUAAUGAAACUUUUAAUAUAAGCCUACCAUACUUACAAAUUGAAAAUAUACGUCUAAGGGAGUCUAAAUAUGGACCUGCACUUGUAAUUCAAACUUCAGAAACUGGUGGCAGUUAUGUACUGGGUUUUCGUAUUGAUCCACCCGAACGACUUAACGAAAUCUUCAAGGAACUGACAUCAUUACAUACUAUCUAUGCAGAUAAUCCCAAUUUCGGGGUGCAAUAUAAUUAUGUAGAACAACAGAAGCGCAAUGCUAAUUAUAGCCAACAAGAAGAAUUUAAAAUUGAUGAAUUUCAAGAAAUUGACGAGAGACAGGAGCGUGAAAUUAAUUCAAAAUUGAAUGUUUAUUUGGCUGAGGGCUGUCUGGCUGGAGCAGGUGAAAUACCAAAACGCGAACCAAUUUAUUGUAAAGAAUUGGGUUUUGCUAUGGAAAAAUUACGUGAUGGUUAUAAACUAAAAGAUUUAUGGGAUGUACUGCCAACUAGUUUAGUUCUCAGUGAAGAUAUAUAA